UUCGCAAUGACACAUUUUGCUAUUUUGUUGUGUUCCCUCAUUCUCCUUGUAAAUUCUGUCCAUGUGACAGAAAAAUAUAAACCAACAACUUUUCAUGAAACUGACGGCAGAAUUAUCAACGGUGAAAAUGCAACUUUAGGUCAAUUUCCAUGGCAAACAGGUAUAUACCUCGCCUAUAACGACACAUAUUACUGGUUUUGUGGUGGCAGUAUAAUCAGCGAAGAGUGGAUACUUACUGCCGCACAUUGCUUAGACGGGGCAGAAACGGCUUAUGCAUACAUGGCCACAGUAGACCUUUUUUGGGUUGCUGCAGUUACAGUAUCAAGUGAAUUUAUUCUUCAUGAAAAGUACAACGCAAGCACUCUUGCCAACGACAUCGGACUUAUUAAACUUGAUGGAAAAAUUCGUUUCGAUGAUGAUGUCGCACCAAUUGCCCUUUCUUCUGAACCACUAGAAGCCGGAGACGUAGUCACUGUUAGUGGUUUUGGUAUAACUUCUGAUGCUGAUGAAGAAAUUCUAAGCCAGUUUCUAAAUUAUAUUACCGUAACCACUAUUACAAACAGCGAAUGUGCCGCAGUUUAUGGAGAUGCUGUCCUUGAGAGUAUGGUAUGUACUUCAGCAGGAAGCGAUCCUGUUAAAGGUGCCUGCAUCGGCGACACUGGGGGUCCUGCAGUUUUGAAUGCCGAUACUAAUCCGGUACAUGUUGGUAUUGCUAGUUUUAUUGGUGGUACAGGGUGUGAACAAGGCAAUCCUUCUGGAUUUACAAGAACCGCUUAUUACAGGAACUGGAUUAAGGAGAAAACCGGGAUUUAAAUUCGUUCUUAAAGGACGGGCAAUUUUUUUAUUAAACAUUUUAAUAUAAAUUGAGAAAUUAUUGAAAAGUUCGAGUCUGGUAAGCUGAUUGUAAACAAAAUCAUGUACGCU